UAAAAAAUAGUUUGACAAUAUGACAAGUCCCGAAAUUUUAAAUUCAAAUUAAACGUCUGUUAUGAAUUUGUAGAGAUUUUCGGUUCUCUCCAAUGUUAAUAACAUAUAUUUAGGCAAUUUCAGACAAAAAUGAAUGCGUUAGAUAAGCUUAGUGACAAGGAAUUUAUACCAUUUCUCCGUACACUUGGGGUGGAUACUCGAAACCAGUCAUUUGAAUGGAUGCUAAACAAUUCUGAAUUUGCUUCAGCUUUAGAAUGGAUGUACUACCAUUUAGACUAUAAUAAUGUAUUAAGUGAAACAGAGAAACGAAGAUUCGAAGAAAUUCAAAAGCGGAAUGUACACAAAGAUAAUGUUCUUUCACAAAAUGAAGUUGAUGAAAGCAUCUCUUUGAUCCAAAGUCAGUAUCCUGGAAUAUGUCUUCCAGGAGAUGUAGAUGCUUUAGCAGAAAUGAAGCAGGACAUAGAAAUGCAAAAGGAAAAAUUUAACUUACUGGCCAAACACGAGAGAAUUGUCAAAGAUCUGAUAAAGCAAAAAGAAGGUAUAAAUGAACAGCUUAAUUUGGAAAUCACAAAGCUAAACGCGGCACAGCAGCAAAUCUGUGAUGAAGAGAAGUCUCUAGCUCAAGAAUGCAUUAGGCUCGCUGAUGAAGUGGAAGAUAUGACCAGUGCAGUUAUUGAAGUGGUUGGCAACACAAUGGAUGUUUAUGGGAACUGUGGUGAAAAGGAUACAGCACCAAAUUACUUUACUUUUGGUCCGUUCGAUCAAUACAAACAAUUGCAAGAGCUUUACCUAUCCCACUUUGAUUUGUAUGUCAGUAAGAAAUUCGAUCUUAAACAGAAUGAAAGCAAAAAUUAUGAUAACGAAGUACUUAGUCAAGCUAAGAACAUGGAGAGGCGACUUUCGGAAGCUCUGUCUGAAUAUAUUGAUUCAAAAGCAGAAUUGUGUGGUGAACAAGCAAAAUUAGAAUUAGUCGCAAACUACAACAACCCACAUUCAAAUCAACUCAGCAUGAACAUACUGGAAGCUCAAACAGCAGUCCAACUUCUAGAACAAGAAGAAGGAAUCAUAAAUCUCCAAAUAGAGAACGCUAUCAAAGAAUUUGUCGAAGACCGCACCCGUAUUGUUGAAGAAACUGCACUGAACGCUGCGUUAGCUAUAAGAGAAGAAGUCAGCAACGAUCUCGCGUACUUGCUGGACACGACGCAGCACGCACUGGUCCUGGAUAAAGUACUGUACAGCGCCCUCCGACACGAAUUGCACAACAUCGAAGAGUUUCUGCUCUUCGCCGCUCAACUCAAGCAAUACGUGCUCGAUGAAAACGAUGCGGUCACCAGCAGGAUCUGUUCAAUGAACGAAAUAUGCAGAGAACAAGCCUCGUGCGAGCAGAAACUAGAACAUUCAGAUGUUUUAUUAACAUCACUAUGCACUGUACUGGGUAUCGAACCAACGACGAAUGUAAUGAUCCUUGUGAAAAGCUAUAACGAUCUUGAAAGAGACAUCAAGGAAGCUAAAGAAGGUAUCGAAGAUGGUUUUAGAGUAAGAGAAGAAAAAUUAAGAGAAAUUGAACAGUCAAUGCGACCGCUAGUGGAUUACAUCUGGGACGGCUGCACUAAACAACCCAGCAGUACGGACAAAACCGUAGCUGCCCUCGCACACCAACUCGAACACGAGAUGAGCAAGACAGACACCAGGAUACUGGCUGCCAGUGCGAAGUUUAACUCGAUCAAGAACAGCGACAAUCAGCUACGGAAACUGUGGCAGUGGUUCCUGACCGAUCCGUCAAAACUAAUGUCCGUCAUUAAAGGCGUACAAAGCGGAAAGUACACGUGACUGAAUAACCCGUCUAUUUGCAUCACAUACUAGCUGAUCCAGCAGACAUCGUAGUGCCUCAAUCCAUAAAUAAAAGACCUAAACUUUUGUAUAAAAUAAAGUUAAAACAAACAAAAGGAAUCCGGCCGAUUGGGGACACAUCAAAGGAAAAACAAAAUUGUUAAUUUAAUUUAAUUCCGCUCAACCUCAGAGAAUUGCUAAAAUUAGCACUAGCAAGAGCAGUGCUUUGCUGAAUCUAACACGGACCACUAAUCAUGAAGAUAUAAUGAAAACUCUUUUGUUUGUAGAAAAUUGUAUAUUUUCACUAACUUACUUAACAAAAACAAUAUAAAACAAAGUUAUAAUUUACAAAAAAAAUUAUCACAAUAAUUGUCAUGCAUUGACUCGAGUUAUAUAACAUUCCUAAUCAAAAAAAAUUACAAAAUGAAAUGGUCUUGUUCUGUUUGGGACUAUUAUUUAUUAAGUCUUAAUAAGUGUAUUUUAAUUGUUGCUCCCCUCAAAGUUGUUAUUUAACAAAAAUAAGAAAAACAUGAUUAAAUAUUGUAAAUUUUUUAACCGAAGGUGAACUUUAUUUGGUGAACUGUGUAUUUUUUCUACUAUUUCAAUAUAGUUUGCAUUACUUAGGAGAUGUGAUCUGAAACUAUAAAGGGCGGGUGUGUGAAAGAGACAGAGAGAGGCAGGUGGUAGAGUUUUUCUUUCUUUUUGCAACAGACCACUUCAGAUUGGACAUUAAUAUAAUCAUGGUCCCGUAUAAUUUUAAUGACAAAAUAUUCAGUUGAGAUGAAUUAUUCAGUCCCACGUCGGUCUCUGUUUUUUCCUCAAUAACGUGUCCUCCGGAGAUAUGUGUAUGGGAUUGUUGAAGUCCACUUCGACGUUGUCUGGUAUACUGUCGUAGUACGUUAUGUGAGCCUCCGGGGUAUCUGUUUGUUGAAUUCAAUUAGUUUUCAUUAGUAAAAUAUUCACUUUGUACUUCAAAUUUACAUAAAAUUAUGAAUAAUUAAAGUGUAGAAACAGUUUAGAGUUUAGAAUGUUCACUUAAAUUUUUAAUUCAUGUA